UACAUGAUGUACUAACGUUAGUACUGAAAUUCUCGGUCACCGUCUCUUGGCUCUCGGAAACGUUUGAUGGCUUUAUACUUGACGUUGUGCCUUCUUCAUCGUCCUUCAUGGCGUCGUUCCCGCUGCCGUCGACGUUCUUCCGAUGUCCGCCGCUGUCUCGUACGGACGAAUUCCUCCUCCAGCAGUUUGCCGAACAAGCUUCGCUGGACCUGGUACUGUACUCCUCUCCAGCUACCGCGUACUUGGCCUCUAAUACCUAUCUCAGGUGCACUACUCGCAGCUCGAGCACGGUCCCGUGAUGUGGACGCUCCUCGAAGACGACCACGACGUCCAGGUGUUUGUCGGCCAAGACCCGACUGCACCCCCGCGAGUGAUCAACUACAUCUCGUCCACCCAAGUCCACGCCACCAUCGACGAAGUAGCACGCUUGUUUCACACUGAAACCCCACACGAGUAUGCCACGUACCGCCGCAACUUUGCCAAGGACAUCAUCGACGGCGCAUUGCUGUACACACUGGCCCAGUCGAGCGAAGCCAACCCUCGCCACUUUUUGGGUGUGCGGUGGAUGGUUGUAGGGAGUCCGGUGCCAGCUGUGAUCAAGCACCGCGACUUUUGCUCCAUCGAGGGGCGUUAUGAUUUCGACCUGAACGGCAAGCGGGGAUGGUUGCGAUGCUUCAAAUCGAUCGAGUUAGCCGCGUGCCCCGACCUGGAGCCGACGCUGGGGCUCGUGAGAGGGCGAUACCACCGUGUGGGGUUCGUUUUCGUCGAAUCUGACCGCCCAGGAGUGCUCCAAGUGACUCAACUGAUGCAAUUAUACACGGGGGGACACCUCCCGUCGUGGCUGCAGCGGUUCAGCGCCAAGCGCCGCGCCCGCUCCAUCGAGCACAUUGAAAUGUUUGUCCGGCAGAACCGGAUGGCGCUUAUGAUUUUUUCCGACGCGAUUUUGGUGGACAAGACAAGCCGACGUCGAUGUUUCUUGUGUCAGCACAAGUUUGGGCCGUUUCGAAUGAAAUGGUCGUGUCAACAGUGUGGAGAGGUCGUGUGCAAGUCGUGUUGCCGCAUCUUGACGGAACAUGUGGGUAGUAGUACUAGCGGGCGGCAGGAACCUACUAGAGUGUGCACAACGUGCUUAUUCGGGUCGGGCCCAAGUUACCGGCAAGCCCUUUUUUGGCCAUCGUCGUCGACACCCCAACAUGCAUCAUCAAGCUGUGCUGAUUUCGAGCCAAGUAAUCCCCGCCUCGCAUUGUUUGACCGAGAAGUAGACGAGUUUCGACAGGAUCAAACCCCUAACAACACUCUGGGGCGACAACAGCAGCAGCAUCCAACCCGUUGGCCUGUCGAACGCCCUUUUACGACUCGACAGGACCCGCAGAACAUAAUUACCUCCAAAAGAUUGUACGAUCUACAAGGCACUGGGGACAACAUGGCAUCGUACGCAAUGUAUGGACAAGGGCAUCCAUUGUAUAUCCAACCAGCCAACCACUGGGACUACUACCACAGCUAUCCGAGUCCCUUGCCACGCUACAACUACGACCAUGACAAGAGGUGCAGCUAUGAUCAGUCGAUGUACGAGCGACCAGGUUCACUCGGUAGCCUCCCAAUGGAUGGUGGAUGCCCACAGCCUCCGACGCUGGUGUCGUUGCCUGUGAAAUCUGAUGGCGGACGUCGAAACGACUUGAUUUUGCUGCGAAAACCAGUACCAGCACCAGUAGCGAAAGCGUAAAACCACCGAAAUUUAACAAGACGAGCU